AUGUCGACGACCACCAACCAAGUUCCAAACAACAACAACGAAGUCCUUCUUGCCGAGGAAAAGCUACGUGCCUCUGAUGGAGACUUGCAACAAGAGCAUCCUACCAACACCACCAAUGGAGAAGCUGGCAGUGGUUGCCCUUUUGCGCACUCGUCCACCAGUAGUAGUACCCGUGACGAAGAAGCCAUGCCGUACCAAUACAUCCCACUCCGAAUGGGCGGAAGAGGAGGUACUCACAUGGUUUCGGAAGCAUCCCGUGCACUGAUUGACAACGAAGUUACAUUGGACGAUCUCAAGACCAUGACAGGCGCCUUCUACGAGCUUGCCUUUCAGGACCAAACACUCGACAAGCUCAUUCGGUCUCACGAGGACCCACACGGCAAUCGUUUCGCCAAAUGGAUUCACCAAAAGUUGUCGGGAUCCAACGUUUGGGAUAUGGAUCGUCGCAAUCGUGACAAGACCCCGGUCCAGGUAGCCGGAGGCCGAACUGCCGUCGUGCAUGAUCGUUCUUCUGCUCAUGCAGCGGCAUGGUAUUCGCCCAAGCGACCCCGAGAAGAAGUCGGCCGCCAUUUUAAUUUGUAUGAGUGCCGAGUCUGGAUGAGAUUGCAUUUCUAUGCCAUGCGCAAGACUGGCAUAAUGGAAAAAAGUCCCAGCUUUGCCGACUACUACGUUCGCUUUAUAGCCCACUUCGUGGCGGUCUAUGAGCGAUCUGCACCAAUGUUUGCACGCGACAGCCUCCGUUGGAGUGAGAAUCCGGCCAAUGUGGAAAAAUACAUCGAUGAUGGUCGGAUCAUGACGGAUGUCUUGGGACGCGGAUACUCGGACUCGACACGUGAUUUGCCAGAAUCUGAAUUGUAUGAUGACGAUUGGCCCUAUUACGUUGCUCAAUGA